UUUCAUUUAUAAACACACUUCUGACCUAUCAGUUCACCUCCAGUUCUAAAUCUGAACAUUUCAAAAUGAUUGUUUUAUAGCUCUGAAGUUUUUAGCUCCUAGAGUGCACUAUAUUUACACAAGUAUAGUGUAGAUUAUGAUUGUGCAAACCUUUCUUAGUUAGUUUUACGUUUAGUUUCUUCGGAGAAAAUAUAAAUAAUGAGGUGACAUACUGAUCUGAGGACAGUGUGUACUAUGGCAACGUUAAUGGGGAAACUGCGUGAUCCCAGGGAUGGGAUUCAAUCAAGCAGGAGAGGAGAUGAUCACAAUACACCUUCCUCUGGUUCUGCUGGGAAAGAAGGGAAGAAGAAAAAGAAAAGAAACACGAUUAAAGAGAAAAACAAACCUAUCUGUGAGCUGAAGAAACGAGGACAUCCAAGCACACCUUCCCAUUCUGAUGACUCAGAGAAACCCCAGACACAGCAAUCAACCAACACUGAGCAGAGCAGUGACCUGAAGCACGCCAAAGGCCAAGGUGAUGAGAAGAGUGCAAGAAAAUCCCGUAAAGCCAAAACAAAACAGCCGGCAGUGGAGAAAACCCCAGCUUCAGAUAAAGAGUAUAGAAUGGAUGCGGGCAGCCAAAUACAGGAAAGUCUAAGGUGGGAAGGGGUUCUGGAUGAUCCGGUUGCUGAAGCAGAUCGGCUGGAGUUGUACAAAGCUAACCGGCGCAAACGCUACAUGGCAUUCAAACAGACACUUUUAGAAAAUUCCAAGGUGGCUUUCGGUUCUGAGUCAGAUGGGAGUAAACUUGGUAGAGCAUGUAAAGCUGGUUCAGCAACCAUUAUGUAGAAGUCAGUGUUGGUUUCAUUUGUUAUGUGUUCUCACCGUUUUUUUUAACAUAUAUACAGUAUGUAUUCUUUUUUUUUGUAGACCAUCAAUGUAAUGUAUUCGUUGCUUCAAACUGCCUUGCCAAUUUAGCUAUGUCAUUAUGCUCCUGAAGAAAAACACAUAAAAACAUAAGAGAGCCGUUCCACAAGAUGCAUUUAUCUUCUCCACCAGGCAGACUGCAACAUUCUCAGAGCGAUCACAUGACUUUAAACACAUUACAUCUAGUACCCUGGGGCCAAGGGAUCACUGUUAGCCAUGCCGGUUCAUUUGAGUGGGAGACGUUCUCAUAUAUUCUCUCUUCCCUGUCUAUCACAAUUAUAUAUUAUGUGACAGAAGAUAAAUAGCUUUUACUCCAGGUGUGUUGGACUUCCCGGGGACACAACGUGAGCGGCAGUGCUUCAGGAACUGCUUCACACGCUUCAGAGAAAUCCUUCACACUUCCUGGUUAGUAGCUGUUAUAUGAUAGAACUGUGCGCUGUGAGGAAUUUGCCAAACUAGUGAGAAAAAUAAGAUGCAACAUCUACUGGUCUUGGCACUCCUGAAACAUCCACCAAGAGUUCGUUCCCAUUUGGGAAACAGUAGAAUUUUAUACAUCGUUGAAAAUGUACCUCAAAUAAACCAUCUAAUAAACGUCUCAUUACAGAAAGCA